AUGGAAUUGAUAAGUAUUGAUUCGGAUGCAGAAUUCGAUUAUAUACGUGAAUUUAUCAACAGUCUAACUGCCACUAGUAAGGUAAGCGUCUGGACUUCUGGCAAUGAUUUGGGAACUGAAGGUGAAUAUAAGUGGAUGAGCAAUGGUCGCAGAGUAUAUUCCAGCCGUUGGCACAACGGGCAACCUGACAAUGCUGGUGGUGUAGAAGAUUGUAUCCAUUUGUGUUACAAGCAAUCGGGUACCGGUGUGGACUUCUGGUACAGUUUUGGUAACCGAAGGAGAAUAUUUGUGGAUGAUGAUUCCAACCGUUGGCACAAGAAUCAACCCAAUAAUGCUGAAAAAGUACAGCAUUAUUUAGAAGACGUUAAUGCGAAUAAAGAUGUUUGCGUUGAGACACCUCUUAAUAUACCAGUUAUCACAACUUAUGGUAACAAGACAUAUUAUUUUGAAGUUAAUAAUCAGGUAAACUGGUAUAAUGCUUAUUUAGCAUGUAAGAAAUACAAUAUGGAAUUGAUAAUUAUUGAUUCGGAUGCAGAAUUCGAUUAUAUACGUGAAUUUAUCAACAGUCUAACUGCUACUAAUAAGGUAAGCGUCUGGACUUCUGGCAAUGAUUUGGGAACUGAAGGUGAAUAUAAGUGGAUGAGCAAUGGUCGCAGAGUAUAUUCCAGCCGUUGGCAUAACGGGCAACCCGACAAUGCUGGUGGUAUAGAAGACUGUAUCCAUUUGUGGUACCUUAAUAAUAUAUAUUUACUUAACGAUUCCAACUGUGAUAACAAUAUGUCAUUCAUUUGUCAAAGUAUUAAGAAAUCAUGUUGCAGCGGUCAGCAGAGCUGUUAG